AUGAUCGGGUGCUUCUUGAUCGCGGUCCUGUUAAUCUUGACCGCCUCCUCCUCUGCCGUAAGAGUAUCCUCUAACGGCGGCGGCGGCGGCUUGUUGUCGUACCAACAUGUCUCCGUUUCCAGCGAGCUGACCGGCGGGAAGGUGUUGUUGGUCCACUGCAAGUCGGCGGACGAUGACCUCGGGAUCCACAACUUGACGGCGGGGUCAGAAUUCAAGUGGCAGUUCGUUCCAUUGAUCCAGGGCGGAACCACCUUGUUUUGGUGCUACCUGGCGCCGGAUGACAGCCACCACGCCUCCUUUGAAGCCUACAACAACGACCACCGAAUCUAUGAGUACAAAACGCACACGUAUUGGAUCGGCAAAGACGACGGCGUUUACGCGAAGCUCGUGGACAAAAAUGUAGACAUGCUGGUCUACCAUUGGUUGGACUAG